AUGGAUACACCUCGUUUUAAAUCAGGUACAGGGAUAAGAUCGCCAAUGCCGCGAACCCCGAAACGCUCGGAGUCGUCUGAAAGUACUUGGUCUUUUGAUGAGAUCUCUAGUGAGGAGAGUGAUUCAACUGGGGAGACGGCUUUUUGGAGAACUCCGAGGGAAAGAUUGAAAGGAAAUGGAGGGAGAUUGGAUAGGUGGAAGGCGAAGGUGAGUAUUAAUAUUGGUACGGGGCUGAGGAUGAUUGAGAGAUGGAGUAGAUUGAAACGCUGGGUCGAUUGGAACAGUGCAAACAGAUGGAUGGUAAGGGUGAAAUUGAAGUUGAAAAAGAGAGAGAGGAAUUUUAGUACAAGUACCCGUCGCUUUUAUCGUCUCUCUGUAUUUAUGAUGGGCUUCUACUUCAUAUCAACACUCUUCUUCUACUCCUUUCCUUCGGCUACCUAUACUUCCUCGUCGUUACCCAACGUCCACACAUUAGGUUCAUACAUUCCCGUCCAACCCUUUCUUCCCUCCUCUCCAACCGCUAAAUCAAAAGUACGAGAAAACAAAUCCGAUCCUAUCAAAUGGCUCAAAGAAAACUCUGACAACCGCUAUGCUCUCACCGAUCCUUCAAAACCAUGGGUCUCCCGGAUAUCAGAAUGGCGAUCUCCCCGACCCAAAGCCGCGCUUAUUUCUCUCGUGCGCAAUUCUGAACUCGAAGGUAUGUUGCAAUCGAUGAGACAGCUCGAAGCGAGAUGGAAUCAUAAAUACAUGUAUCCGUGGGUAUUUUUUAAUGAUGAACCUUUUUCGCGGGAAUUUAUACAGAGCACGGGGAAUGCAACGAAAGCUGAAUGCCGGUAUGAGGUUGUGCCAGAGGAGUAUUGGACUAUGCCGGAGUGGGUGGAUGAGGGGAGAUUUAUGAAUAGUUUGGACUACUUGGGGACGAUUGGAGUGGGAAAGGGUUGGAUGGUUAGCUAUCAUCAUAUGUGUAGAUGGAAUAGUGGGUUCUUUUUUCGAAUGAAGGUUUUGGAGGGGGUGGAGUGGUAUUGGAGGGUUGAACCUGAUGUCCAUUUCUUCUGCAACAUCAACUAUGACAUCUUCCGCUUCAUGCGCGAUAACAAGCUCAAAUACGGAUUCAACAUGAACAUCCUCGAUGACGCCCGCUCAUUCCCAUCUCUCUGGUCCAAAACCCGUGCCUUCGCAACCGCAAAUCCGCAUCUUCUUCAUCCGGACGCGGAUCUAGAUUGGUUAUUAGAUAAAGGCGAAUACAAUAAUUGUCAAUUUUUCUCUAAUUUCGAGAUCGGUUCGCUAGAUUUCUGGCGCGGAGAGCAUCAUAAAAAGUAUUUUGAAUACUUGGAUAGGUCGGGGGGGUUCUAUUACGAGAGGUGGGGUGAUGCGCCGGUGCAUACGCUUAGUGUGGGAAUGUUUUUGGGGAAGGGGGAGAGUUGGUGGUUUGGGGAUGUGGGAUAUCAGCACGGGAUUAAUAGGGUGUGUCCUGGGGGGAGGGAGGGAGAUUGUGCUUGCGAGGAAACGGGGGUGGAUGAGGGGUUUUAUAAGUUGGUACCAUUGGAGAGUCCGCAGAGAAAACCAAGGGAUACAUGUAUUAGGGGAUGGCUUGGGGGGGAGUGGGUGAGGAAAAGGGAGGGGUGGGAGAGGGAAUUGGAGGUGGCGCUAGGGGGUGAUGGAUUUGGGGGGUAUGUUUUGGGGGGAAAGGGUGGGAGAUGA